GCAGUGUGCUAUUUAUUUUCGCAUCUAAGUCAAGUCCAUCAUGCAGCAUACAGCCAUUCCUGUCGUGCAUGCCACUUUGUGUUGAUGUGAUGCGCUUGACAUAAACGCGCACGGGAUCCUGUUAUGGUUGUCCGUAGCACCGGUUUCCCUGGAUGAUAAUCUCUGUGUGCCUUGCAAUGGCGCCACCGGGACGCAAAAGCAGCGGGCUGGGCAGUAUUGGAGUAUUAUUUAUCAUUGUUAUUGUUGUAUUGGAAGUAUUAUGCGUGAAGAAUGUCUGUGGAUUACGCCAUGUGCAGUCGCUACUGGAAUCGCAGUACCAGGACUGGCCGCACUCAAGGGUGCGACGGCAGCUUAAUACCGAUGCGCUACGGACAAUGUUCAAGGCGCCAUGUUUCGGUCGCGUGGGAUUCUUCGAAGAUCCGUUCUCCUGCAGUCACUAUUACCACUGUAUGGCCAAUGGAACUCAUGUCAGGCGAACAUGCAUCCCGCCGUUGCAAUUCAGCGAAGAACGGCAGAUGUGCAUGGAUCCGGGAACCGUCGAUUGUCCGGAUAUUCCCGAUUUUUGGUUAGCCGCCGCCGCCGCAGCUGCCGCCAACUCCGCCCCCAGCCCCGCUUCCCCACCGUCCCAUCCCAAUCCGGCACUGGGUCCACCGAUGCCUUCAUCCCCACCGGCACCUGCACCCAACAACCCCUUCGUUUCCAGUCCGUUGAGCUUCAACGCACCACUAACCCAGCCGCAACCGCCGACGGGACAGGCGCAGUUCAACACCCACCAUGCCCAGGCGUCACAGCAGUGGAAUAACCAAUACCCGGGUCCGGCGCCGAGCCCGUCGUUCUUCGAGCAGAAUCGGCCGUUCCCGGGAUCCCGGGCCAGUCCGGCGGAUCCGAAUCCCUUGCUGCAUGCGCAGCCUCCACCACCGCAACCGCCGCCACCGGCGGUUAUCGGGCCGCAGACGCCGACGGGAUCAAACGGCGCGGUGCAGAUGCGUCCGCUAACGGCCGGGCCUUAUAGUGCGCCGCUACGCGCCGGAUUCAUACCGCAUUAUGGGGCGCAAGUUAAUACGGCUACGGCGCCGGUUCAGGCCGCGGAUAUCAAUCAAAUAUGGUAUAAAAUGGAUCCACAAGGGGACAACGUUCUUCCUGUGCCGCAAGCCCAGAUCCCGCAGCGCCGCUUCGCCACACCCAACAGCCUGCUGGACAUCCAGCGCCUCCAGUCGCAACAACACCAGCAACUUCAACCACAACAGCAUCAGGCACAUCAAGCCUUACCCCAGCAACCGUCUCAACAGCAUCUGAACGCCAUGAACGUCCUGUCUCUCCUCAACGCUCAACUCGGACUGGACCAACAGCAACAGCCGCAGCAGCCGUCGCCGGCAGUCUACGCUCAACCAUCGGUCAAUCAUGGGCAGGAGAUGAUGCGACCGGCACCGGCGCCGCAAAUGCAGCAGUUCGAACCGUCGUACACCGUGUUGAAUGAUGCGGCGCCCCUGCGAUCGAUUGACGCACCUGGCGAUACUGGAAUUAAUCUGGCCGGUAAAGUGACGACAGCGCCGGCUGCGGCGUUGAGCAAAGAUGUGGUGUCCAUUACGUGUAAGCCGGGAGAAAAGGGAUUUUUCGCGGAUGUAUCGUUGUUUUGCAGAGGUUACUAUUUUUGCUCGCCAUUUGGAGACCGUGCAGAAUUUUCUUGCCCUUCAGGACGAUACUUCAACGAAAAGACCGUCAGCUGCGAGAGCAUUGACAAGAGCUCAUGUGCGGAAUUAGCACGCGACCAGCACGUUCACACCAAAUCCGACACCACCGACCAGCCGGUCCCGCCGGUCCCCACCGCCGCCGCCCAGGCCACGGCCGCGGCCCCGCAUCCCGGCCAUCCGAUCGAACCGGCGCGACCACCACCGGCGUCCGGGCCCGAGACCAGCGGGGUGCUCUACCAGCUGGGCAAUCCGGAGCCCCCGGCCCCGCCCACCGCGAUGGCCGUCGACCCGACCCGUGCCAGUCUGUGGAAGUUCCCCACCGCCAUGCAGACGCUGCAGGCGGAGGCGCCGACGCCGGUGGCGCACCCGCAGAAGCCGGAGGUCGUCCAGGAGCUGGCCCCUUUAGCUCCUAUUGAUCCUCUGCCUAUGGAUCUUGUCGGUGUUAUUGCGGUCGGUCCCACAACUACGAAACAACUCACCGACAUUUCGGACACUACGCCCCCGUUGCCCUCGACCGUCACUGUCCCCGUUCCUAGCGACCCGCCCAUCCGCCCCGCAGAUCCCUUCCUCGUCCAACUUCCCGCCACCAGUGCCGCCUUGGAGAACCGUCUGCGCAGCUGGAACAUGGCCAACUUCUCUGCACCCCCGGCGUCGGACGCCACCAUCGCGCCGGCCGCCGCAGUAGGUGGUUCCCUAAGCGCCACCGCUUCUCCAGGAUUCGGCCCCAUGCCCGCUCUCGGUGCUCCCUUCAUCGGCUCCCUGUCUGCUCCCCUGGGAGGUUCCCUUCCGGUUCCCGUCAGCGGUCACCUGUCCGCUCCAGCCGGAGGCUCCCUGUCGGCUCCCGUGGGCGGUCCCCUGACCUCUCCUGGCGGUGGUUCCCUGUCCUCUCCCGCCGAAAGUGCCCUGUCGGCUCCCGCGGGCGGUCCGUUGACCGCUAGCGCCUCGGAGGUCAUCCCAGCCGACACCACCGCCGCGCUGUUCAACGCCGUCAAAUCCCCCGGGAUGCCGGUGGGACCCCUGGACGUGAUCAAGGAAAUGCAGGACAAGGAGGCCACGGCGCUGUCCAUGGCGUUGGCGUUCUUACGCGCCCGUGAGAUGCUGUCCACGGCACCGCCGCUUCGUCCGCUGCGGUUUGUCGACGCCCGCCGGACGGUGAAUCUGAAACUGCUGGCCGAACUGCUCAAAGGCAAAUAACGGCUUGUGGAUUUAAAUCAUUUAAUAAGUGUUUUAAAUGGUUUUUUAUCGGGAAUCAAAUGGAUUAAUUUAAGGCGUAUUAUUUGUGUUAUUUUGUACAAUUGUUGUCGUUGAUCUUGGAGUUAGAUUAAUUUAAAUAAAAGUGAAA